AAAUUUGCGAAUGGCGCAGUCCUGAAAUCGAGGAGAGUUCUAGACAAGGCCAGGGAGACAGAGACAGCGAAAAGAGAGUGAACAAUGGAGAAGAUCUGUGUAGCCGUCCGAGUGAGACCUCCGGCAUCGGACGACUCUUCCACUGGAACUCACUGGAAGGUUGAAGACAACCGCAUUUCACUUCACAAAGCCCAUGGCACCCCGCUAUCCGGAAUUUCUUACGCUUUCGAUCACAUAUUCGAUGAAAGUUGCUCAAAUUCUAUGGUUUACGGUGUUCUUACCAAGGAUAUUGUUCGUGCUGCUUUGGAAGGUUUUAAUGGAACUGCCUUUGCAUAUGGACAGACUAGUAGUGGAAAGACUUUCACCAUGAAUGGUUCAGAAAGAGAUCCUGGAAUUAUUCAACGGGCAGUUGAAGAUAUAUUUCAGAGAAUUCAAAUGAUGUCAGACCGCGAGUUCUUGAUUCGGAUCUCGUACAUGGAAAUCUAUAAUGAAGAGAUCAAUGAUCUUUUUGCAGUAGAAAACCAGAAACUUCCCAUUCAUGAGAGCUUGGAGCGUGGCGUAUUUGUUGCUGGUCUCAAAGAGGAAAUUGUCAACAAUGCUGAACAGGUGUUGAAGCUUCUUGAAUAUGGAGAAGCUAAUAGGCAUUUUGGUGAAACGAAUAUGAAUGUUCGAAGCAGCAGAUCACACACAAUAUUUAGAAUGGUAAUCGAAAGUAAGGGGAAGGAGGCUAAUGAUUCUGGUGACUAUUUAAGUUCCGAUGCUAUUCGUGUCUCUGUCUUGAAUUUGGUGGAUUUAGCUGGGUCUGAACGGAUUGCCAAAACUGGAGCUGGUGGAGUACGUUUGAAAGAAGGAAAGCACAUUAACAAGAGUUUAAUGAUUCUUGGUAAUGUGAUUAACAAAUUAAGUGAUGGUGCAAAAAAUAGAGGACACAUACCUUACCGAGAUAGUAAACUGACUCGGAUACUUCAACCUGCACUUGGUGGCAAUGCCAAAACUUCAAUUGUGUGCACUAUAGCGCCAGAAGAGGCUCACAUUGAGGAAACAAAGGGAACUCUUCAAUUUGCUAGCAGAGCCAAGCGCAUUGCUAACUGUGUUCAAGUGAAUGAGAUUUUGACAGAUGCAGCCUUAUUAAAGAGGCAAAAGCUAGAGAUAGAGGAGCUCCGUAAACAGCUUCAGGGAUCUCAUGCUGAGGUGCUGGAGCAAGAAAUCUUGAAAUUGCGUAACGAUUUGCUUAAGUAUGAAUUGGAGCAUGAACAACUAGAGAUGCAGCUGGAAGAUCAAAGAAAAUCACGCAAAGAACAGGGCUGUUGUAUAAGGGAGCAGCAUAUGAAAAUUGACAAUCUCAGUAAUAAUCUUGUUACUUCUUCUGACAUCACGAACUCUAGUCAGGGACACGAUUCUGAAAGAGGUAACCAUAAGGAAGAAUGUAAUGACAGCAACAGCAUAUCUCAAGGAGAUGCCUUUUCGACCCCUUGUUUCAAGGCCGCUCCCAAUUCCUUUGUUGCGAGACGAUCUCAUUAUUCAAUGUUGCCUGAUUAUAGUCCUCUUCCAGAUACAAUAAGCAAUAAUGUGGCUGAUGAAGACACAUGGUUGAAAAUGAAUAGAGGUUACAUAGCUGAUCUCGAUUCCCUUCAAUUUACUCCUGGACGAAAAGUUCAACCUUUUCCACCAAUUGAAAUGACUCCUAGUUCAAACGAGAAUUACAAACAGGAGGUUGAGAAGCUUAAGAGACAAUUAGAGUUGACCAUUCAAGAGAGAGAAGAGCUCAAGAGGAGGCACACGGAUGAAAUGAUAUUGAACAAUCAGUUGAUGGGUGAAUUAUCUGAACUCCGACAAGAAGCACGGAUUAUUCAAGAAAUCCCUCGAAGACUUUGCGAAUGUGCAUCAAAUUGUAAAGAUGUUUAUGUUGAUGUUCUGUUAAUGACACAGAGUUUUGUAUCUGAUGGGAAAUCCUCUACUGCUAAAUUGCUUUCAAACAUGCUUGAAAUUGGUGCAAGCCUAUUUACAAUUCUGGAAACACAUUUUUCAACGGAAAUAGAUGGUGAUAGCCCUUUAGAGGUUGAUAAUAUGAUCAAAGAACAGCACAAAGUAUUGUGUGAGAGACUGAAGAGCUCUGUCAAAUUAUUGGUGUCAUCAGAAACACUUGGCCUUCAGGAUGAGAACAAGCUGAAUCCACUCUGCAGAUGCGAACACAAGGGCUGCACUCUGGAAGGAGAAACUGCUUGUUUGAAGGAAAAGUUACUCAAUGAACUAAACGCUAUCACGGAAAGGUACCAUGGCCUGCAGAAAGAGUUGAGUCUUAAUAGUAAGCUUCUGGAGGAAUCAAAGCAGAAAUACAAUAGUUUGGAAACUGAGUUUCAUCAUCUUACCAAAGAAAGAGACAGUUUGUGCAAAAUGGCCUCUGAAUCGUCUCAGAAACUUGCACUUGUUACUGACCAGAGGGAAAAUCUUUUGAAGGAUUUGAAUAUUGAAUUCCAAAGAAGGAAAGAUGUUCAAGAGAAGAUCAAACAGUUCAGUGCUGCUUUUGCUUGUAGGAAGACAUCACUUGUGUCUUUUCACAGUGAAUUCAAGUCAAAAAUUGAGGAAAUAAAAUCCCAAAAUCCAGUAUCUGCACCCAAUUCUUUUGGGUGUUAAAAGUUGCAUCACGACUAGUGGCAUAAGAAGUUUCAUUAUUAUGUUUUAUCAUUGUGCAUUACCUGUUGUAGUUGUAUCGGUCUUGUAUUCCUUAUUAUACAUGGACUACUCCAAUAUUUGAGCUUAAAGCUUCUUUGUCGGUUGUAAUUUGAUUAUAUCUCCGACUUAUCACAACUUAAAUUAGAAAACAAGUAAAAAUCAUUCAUUUCUUUUAGUAAUGAUAUGAAGUGAGUGUGAACAAACCUAUCAUCAAUGGUUUUUCUAUGAAGUUAGUGGCUGCAGAUAUCAA